AUGUGGAAGAAAGAAGAUCAGUUGAGAGAUGAGAAAGCGAAGGAAAGAGUUGAAGCUGUUCUUCAACUUGUUAGGAAACAGUCUCCAUUAACUGUGAAGCAGGAGAAGUACUGCAACAAUGCUUGUAUUGAGAGGUUUUUAAGGGCAAAAUGUGAUAAUGUGAAGAAGGCUGCUAAACACUUACGAGCUUGUCUUUCUUGGAGAGGGAGUAUUGGCACUGAAAAUUUGAUAGCAGAUGAGUUCUCAGCUGAGUUAGCUGAGGGAGUUGCUUAUGUAGCUGGUCAUGAUGAAGAGUCCAAACCUAUCGUGAUUUUCAGCAUCAAACAAGAUUACCAAAAGUUCCACUCUCAGAAACUGCUUACUCGUUUGCUGGUUUUUACAUUGGAGGUUGCUAUAGGAACCAUGCCCAAAAAUGUAGAACAAUUAGUUCUACUCUUCGAUGCAAGCUUUUUCAGAUCAGCAUCGGCUUUUAUGAACUUAUUGCUGGCAGCACUGAAAAUUAUGGCCGAGUACUACCCUGGACGACUUUACAAGGCUUUUGUCAUCGACCCACCUUCGCUGUUUUCCUAUCUUUGGAAGGGUGUUCGUCCAUUUGUGGAGCUAUCAACGGCAACGAUGGUGGUAUCAUCACUAGAUUUUGAAGAAUCACUAGAGUUUAACGACUUUCCGUCGUAUUCAACAGUCACAUCUCUCCGGUUUGACCCCUCAAUGAAAUCAACGGCUAAGAUCGGCUCAUGUUCUUCCUCCAGAUUCUCCUUCACCGUAUCACAUCAUUUUGACUCUCUCAAGCCUUGGUACCUCACCUUGACUGACACGUCAUCAUUCAAAGUUGGACCCACAAGCCCCUCCUCCAUCUGCCCAGCUCUGAUCUCCCCCCUCAACGCUAGGUCACUCUCCUUUGCAUCACCGGCUGCCAGGACCCCACGUGGUAACAUCACCAUGAGGAAGAGCUUAUUCCCAUCUACACCUCUACCACAACGUAGCAAAGCCAGUGGAUCCGUCAAAGCCAACUAUCCGCGAACCCCACGGCCAUUUUUUCUGCGAUCACCUGCCACGUUUUUUGGAAGGGAUUGCCACGUCAGUACCAAGACAGAAAAGUCUCGAGAGUCGUUCUUGCCAUUUUUUAAGUUCUACAGGAGGCCGUACGAUGAGAUGAUAUACAGGUCAAUGAUGCGGCCCCCAUUAGGUGGCCUAAUCUCCAUAGUCAAACGUCGCCACAUGUCAGUAUCACAACGGUUUUAA